AUGUCAGCAUCAAAUCCUUCUCAUCAUCCUCCGAAUUGUCAUUGUUCUCCUUCCGUUCCUGCUCGUCGACUCACAGUGGUGAAGGAAGGACCCAACAAGGGACGACCUUUUUAUACGUGUUCUCAACGACAGUGUAACUUUUUUCUGUGGGCCAAUUCUAUUCAAGAUUUAUCAUCAUCGGGUAGCAAUUAUAAUACAAAUUAUAAUACAAAUUAUAAUACGAAUAAUAAUACGAAUUAUAAUACGAAUAAUAAUACGAAUAAUAAUACGAAUAAUAAUACGAAUAAUAAUACGAAUAAUAAUACGAAUAUGGCAAUCACAACAUCAAAUUUACAAAUUCCAACGUGUCGAAAACAUUCGAGCAUUCCAUGUCGAUUGCUUCAAGUGAUGAAAGAAGGUCCAAACAAGGGAAAAUUAUUUUGGUCUUGUGGAAUGAGCUCUCAAAAUGAAAGAUGCAAUCAUUUUGCUUGGUUUGAAGGAAAUGUGGAAUUGUACAAACAUUUGGUUUCAAAUUAUUUUCCUGCUCCUUCUUGCAGCACUUCUUCUUUUAUGGAUUCAAAGAAUUCUGAAAAAGAAAUAAAUAUCGCUGAUGUGGAACCAAUUGUCAUGUCUGCCACUAAUCAAAAUAACUUGUGGGUAGCUGGAUUACCAAUCGAAAUAUUUAGAGAAAUUUUCAAACAUCUUGAAUUACCUGAUCAGUUCAAAAUGCAACAAAUAUGUAAGGAAUGGAAAAGAAUGUUCAAUCUUGUCAUUUCAAUGAUGAAUGCAUCUGAUGACAUGGAAUUACAUUUUGGAUUUUUAAAAGGUGACACGAGUCCUCCUCCUUAUUCUUGGUGGUGUUCAAUUAUUUCAACAUUUUUGUUUGCCUCUCGAGUGGUAUUUUGCAAUUUGAAAAUCUCGAACGAAUUGAUGAGAUUGAUCGAAUUCAUGCCAAAUUUGAAAACUCUUGUUUUUAACAAUUGUAAAACUGUCAUGUCUAAUUAUCAGGUAGAGAUUAGUGCAAGUGACCCAGUUUCGGAAUAUCCAGAUGAAUAUUAUGAAAAUUUUGAUUGGCAUUCCUAUUGGCAUGGAGGAUUUACUGGAAUUUUAUCAAAAGAGGAAAUUAAGUUAUACAAGAACACUCACAAGUUCAAAAGUACUGUCACACAAAUGAUGUUUUCUAAAAUGGGCGAAGAUAAAGACAUUAUUAUUCCACAUGGAUUGAAAGACAUUGAAGAAGAAGCUCUUUUCCAACAACAAGUAGGAGAAGAAUACAAAAAGUUCGUCGCAAGCGUUUCCAAGAGAAUUGAAGGUUUCAAAUCAAAGAAAAAAUUAGAGAAUUUGAAACACAUUAUUUGCGUUGAGUCAGGUUAUGGUGGAAUGAACUUGAACUGGAUGAAUAAGGAUCGAAAAGUGUAUUACAAAUGCAUUGACGCAAAAUGUGAUCGUCAUAUUAAUUCCUUUUUUGAGAAAUCAAAAACAGUCUACAAUGAAACAGAUCAGAAACUUAUUCCUGAAAAAUAUUGGAAAUUUAAGCAACUACUUGUUCAAGAUAGAUCUAUUUCUCUCUUUAACUUUAGCAUGUUGAAUCGUGGAAAUGGUUCAUUUCAAAUUUAUAAUGGAAUUGACUGUGAUACAAAAUCAGUCAUAGAAAGAGUAGAGCUUGGUGUUUCGAAACAGAUAGAACUUUUUAGGUUCUUUCAUUUGUGGAAAAAUAUAGAUCCAAACAACAUUCCAAUGAACAACGUCGAUCUACUGAAAUUUUCAAUUGCAGAAGGUUGUCUCAAAUUAACACAACCUCUACCACAAGCAUCCAGCAAGCCCAUUCUCAAAUAUCAAUUUGAAAAAAUUAGAGAAUAUUCGAGAAAAAUGGUGAGUGGUGAUCAAGAAGAGAUCACCAAAUUAUGCAAGAAACAUUCAAUCAUUGGCAUGUGUGUGGAUUUAUUGGUCUUUAUUCACAAACACCAACUAAUGACUCAAGAAGUGAUUGAUUCAUGUUUGGAGCAUGUUCAAAAAAUUGAUGAAUAUUGGAGUCAUUCAUCAUUUAUGGAUGACGAAAAAGAUGAAUUAGAUUUUACAGAUUCUUCAGUCUUUUUCUUACCUCCAUAUGGAUCAGUUUCUCCAUUUCCUUUUAGUUGGACGUAUUUAUUGAAAUUUGGAAAAUUCAUUUCAAAUUCGAGUGUUGUCCGUGGAUCUGAUGAAGAAGAUAAUUCACAAAAUGACACAAGCGACCAAGAUGAAGAACAAGAACCUUCCAACCCUGUCAGCAAUGAGGACGACACAAGCGAAACGGAAAAGGUUGACCAACCACCAAAAAGAAGAAUUCAACCACAACGAAAAAAGAAAAAGUUGAAUUAA